GAGGAAUAGAAAACAUGGAAGGCCAGAUGCAAGUCUUUGGAAGCAAUCUGGACAAUUCUGAAAGAAAUUAUCAGAACGUUGUACCUCCAAAUAGAACAAGAGCAAUGAAAUCAAAGUCAGGGGCGUCUUCAUUUGUGCAUAUUGCCAAUCAUACAGGUUGCAUCUCUUCGAGAGCAUCUAAGAUCGUCCUUUACAUCUUGGUGUGUGUAUCCUUGUUGGUGGCAACAGCUGCUUUUCUGCUGGCCUUUUUGAAAUUUAUCCCUCAGUGUCCAAAAGGCUGGCUGAAGUUCCAGACAAAUUGCUACUACUUCUCUGCUGAUCAGCAACCUUGGGAGAAGGCAAUGAGUAACUGCCAAAGCCUCAAAGCUCACCUGGUAGUGGUUGAUGAUAAAAAUGACACAGAUAAACAGGGAUUUCUGGACCAUCUGAAAAAUUCUAGCUAUUGGAUUGGCCUCAGGAGGCACCCUAAAGACAAGUGGAUGUGGAUAAAUGGCAAAGCCUUUCCAGAGGCGACUCAAUCUAUUGAAAAUAAUAAAAAAGAAGACUGUAUGUAUAAUCUCUGGAAAGAUUCUAAAAGUAGGAAAAAGAAAACUGCUUGUACAGAAUAUUUUCCUUAUAUCUGUGAAAAAGAGCAAACAUAAAACUAUGCAAUUUUAUAAAGUUUACAUUUUCUUUUUUGAAAAAAAUCAUGUACUUCAUUAUUUGAUAGUUUCUAUCUAAUUUCUUAUGGAGUUACAAUUUUUCAAGUGCUGCAGUAAUCAGAAUAAGACAUUCUAGUUAGGAGAUGCUGCUGCCUAACAAACACAAUUUGUCUUUUCUUGUGUUUUUUUUUAUUUUAUUGAAACAAGGUAAGAGUAAAAAGAUUGUAAGGUGGAGCAUAUUUUAAAAAUGUUUUAAGGAGUGUUGUAACGUUAAGCAAGAAAAGCAUCCAUAUUCAAUCAUUCUAACUUGAAAAACACUUGUAUAGAAAAAGCUAACAUGUGACAUAAAAUA